AUGGCGUUCACUCUUCUUAGCGACUUGAAAGCCGGCCGAUGCUCCAAUACCGCGGAGGUCCGUCUGCUGAGGGUUUGGGAGGCUAGGAAUAUCAACAAGGGCAUGGAGCUAAUGAGUCUUGACAUGUUGCUAAUCGAUGAGAACUCUACUGUCGUGCACGGAACUGUCUCUGCCCUUCUCCAGCUUAGGUUCAGACCACGUAUGACGGAGGGAUCUGUAUACACACUAAGCGGCUUCGAUGUGACGCGCAGCAGCCCGAAAUACCGGCUAUCUGAUGCGCCAGUAGCCAUUCGUUUCAAUGAUGGCACCGAAUUUGAAAAGCUAGCAACGACAUCUCGGACGAUACCCACGGAGCACUUCCGUUUCCGACCGUACGACCAGAUACUUGGACUAGCCAACACUGGCAGACAACUCCCUGACGUAAUGGGAGAGCUUAGUGCAAUUAGGAGCACAAUAACUGACCGUAUCCCUGGGGCUCAGCGCGUAAUGCUUAACUUGCGUCUUGAGAGCGAUACUACUGUGUGUGUUAGUAUCUUUGACUCCUUGGCCCUUGCAUUCCAUAGCAAGCUCGAUGUGUACGGAAAAGAGCCAAGGAUCGUUGUUGUAACAGCCGUGAAUCCUAAGUUGGUUUCAGGAAAGUUAUAUUUGAAUGGCACUUCUGCGACACGUGUUUUUUUUGAUUCCGAAACCGCUGUUACCAAGUGGUGGUACAGACCAGGCAGGGUCUUCAUCCAAGGUGGUUCACGCACAGAAGAUUGA